UCCCUUCGACUCAUGUACUGCACAGUACUUCUUUUCCGCUACCCCCUCCUUGAUCUAACUUUUGUUGUUGGUGAUGUUGCCUUCUCUUCUUCCAAUGCCCCGUUGCAUCUCCCAUCUUCCGUCCCUUGCUUUCUCCCCACCCUCUUGCGUCAACAUUGCGCGUGAACCAGAGGGCUGCAGCACCGCCGUGCCCAUCUGCCCAGCAUGGCUUCCAACAACAUGAUCAAUCCCGCGGUGGACCCCAACUUGGAAGACGAGCUGUUCGCCCGGGAGGUCGCCGAGGUCAAGAAGUGGUGGAGCGACCCGCGAUGGAGAUACACCAAACGGCCCUUUACGGCCGAGCAGAUCGUCAACAAGAGAGGCAACCUUAAGAUCGAGUACCCUAGCAAUGCGCAGGCCAAGAAGCUGUGGAGGAUUCUCGAGCACCGCUUCCAGAACCGGGAUGCCAGCUACACUUACGGCUGCUUGGAGCCCACUGCUGUCACCCAGAUGGCCAAGUACCUCGACACCGUCUACGUCUCUGGCUGGCAGUCGUCGUCCACCGCCUCGUCGACAGACGAGCCGGGCCCGGAUCUUGCCGACUACCCCUAUACCACCGUGCCCAACAAGGUCGGCCACUUGUUCAUGGCCCAGCUCUUCCACGACCGCAAGCAGCGCCAGGAGCGCAUGUCGGUGCCCAAGGCGCAGCGUGCGAAGCUCCCCAACAUCGACUACCUGCGCCCCAUCAUCGCCGACGCCGACACGGGCCACGGCGGCCUGACAGCCGUCAUGAAGCUCACCAAGCUCUUCAUCGAGAAGGGCGCCGCCGGCAUCCACAUCGAGGACCAGGCUCCCGGCACCAAGAAGUGCGGCCACAUGGCCGGCAAGGUGCUGGUGCCCAUCAGCGAGCACAUCAACCGCCUGGUGGCCAUCCGCGCGCAGGCCGACAUCAUGGGCUCCGAUCUGAUCGCCAUCGCCCGCACCGACGCCGAGGCCGCGACGCUCAUCACGUCGACCAUCGACCCGCGCGACCACGCCUUCAUCCUGGGCUGCACCAACCCGGACCUGCCGCCGCUCAACGACCUGAUGGUGGCCGCGGAGCGGGCCGGGAAGUCGGGCGACGCGCUGCAGGCCAUCGAAAACGACUGGCUGGCCAAGGCCGGGCUGAAGCGCUUCGACGAGGCCGUGCUGGACGCCAUCACGGCCGGCGCAGGCGGCGACCACGCGGACAAGGCGGCGCUGGCCGAGCAGUACCGCCGCGAGGUGCAGGGCAAGCAGCUGUCCAACGCCGAGGCGCGCGCCGUCGCCCGCCGCCUGCUCGGCGGCCGCGACAUCCACUUCGACUGGGACGCGCCCCGCACCCGCGAGGGCUACUACCGCCUGCGCGGCGGCUGCGACUGCUCCAUCAACCGCGCCGUCGCCUACGCCCCCUACUGCGACGCCGUCUGGAUGGAGAGCAAGCUGCCCGACUACGCCCAGGCCGAGGAGUUUGCGCGCGGCGUGCACGCCGUGUGGCCGGAGCAGAAACUGGCAUACAACCUCUCCCCCUCGUUCAACUGGAAAGCCGCGAUGCCGCGCGAGGAGCAGGAGACGUACAUCCGGCGGCUGGCGCGGCUGGGCUACUGCUGGCAGUUCAUCACGCUGGGGGGCCUGCACACGACGGCGCUGGCGAGCGACCGGUUCGCGCGCGCGUUCGCGGCGCAGGGCAUGCGCGCCUACGGCGAGCUCGUGCAGGAGCCCGAGAUGGCGCUCGGCGUCGACGUCGUCACCCACCAGAAGUGGAGCGGCGCCGCCUACGUCGACGAGCUCCAGAAGAUGGUCACCGGCGGCGUCAGCAGCACCGCCGCCAUGGGCGCCGGCGUCACCGAGGAGCAGUUUCAUUGAGGGGCAUCCAUCCAUCCAUCAACCAGGGAGGGAAGGGUGUUUGAAAGGCUCUGUCUACCCAUCAGUGUGGUUGUUGCUGCCACUGGUUUCUACCCUGGUUCAACGUCCGUCUCCUGAUGUCGCCAGUGUGUGAUGGAGGGCUGCGUCUGUGCAGAGACAAGGCGAAACUCAUCGGCGUCCAACGGCUUGUUAGCCAAGCAUUCGGGGACUGUGGCUUGCGGGGAGGUUGCUACCUUGAAGCCCACCAUCGUUUUCCCCUUUCCUUCCUCGAGAAUUUGCUCACCUUGCUUAACGUACAGUGUGUUUAUGCAAGUGGAAAGGCUCAAGCCAAUCACGUAAUCACCGACACCUCCUGCCUGUGAUCU